AUGGGGAAUUGCCCGCCGUUGCCGUGUCCGUCCCCCUGCCCCGACGUGUCGUUCCAGGACAUUUGCGCCAACAACAACUGCCACGGCUGCUGCAUUUUCCACUGCAACUCCAAGCCCGGCGGCGUGCCGCCCGAGACGCCGCCACGGGACUUCCCACCGGUGCAGCUACGGCAGCUUCCGCACCUUCCUCCUCCACGACCAGGCUCGGCGCGGAACGGGGCCACGGCAUGCGGAACCGGCGGCGUGGCGCAGGACGUGCCACGGCCAGCCGACGGAUAUCGGUUCCGGCCGUCGCCGCGGCGCGCCGCGUCAGGCUCGGUUCCGACGGAGCGCGCCAGCGGCAGCAGCGUGGCGCCGCCGGGCGUGCCAGGCAACGGAGCUCGACCGGUGCCGGCGGUGUCCUGGCUCGCUGGGAUGGGCUCGGCUGAGAUGGGUGCCAUGGGCCACGGCAGCGGCGUCGUGCGGGCGCCGCCGCUGUCCUGGCGCACUGGGUCGGGCUCAGGCUCGGCUGGGACGGCGUGGGCCACGGGCCGCGAUGACGGCUGCAGCGUGGUAGAACGCCGAGGUUCACCGGUGCAUCCAGCGCGGGCCACAAGGCACGACGCCGGCGCCGCGGUGCCGCUGGGAGUGCCAGGCAACGGGGAUCGACCGGCGCCACAAGAGUCGCGGUGGCCUGGUCCUGGGACGGGCUUGGACGAGACGGGAUUCACUUGGCACGAUGGCAGCAUCGUGCCACGCCACGGAGAACGACGGGCGCCGCCGCCGUCCCGGCACACCGACUCGGGCAUCAUGGCCAAGACGACGUGGGCCACUGGCCGGGAUACCGGCGCCGAGGCGCUCGACAUGCCCGUGGCGGUCACGAUGGAGUCAGGCCAAGACAUCGGCAUGCAGGGUGAUAGUUCGUCACCGGCGCCGCAAGGGCGGUUGCCUUUGCCAUCGUCGUCAUCUUUUUCAGUUGGUCGGCUUUCCCGUGCAGAGUCCCGCCGGAGGUUUCCACAAGCCAGUGGGACCGAAGAUAAGGCGUAG